AAAAAAGAAAAAGUGGUAUGGACUAUGGAUUAGUGAAGAAGAGAGAUUUGUUUAAUUCUGUAGUUUGGGAGACAUCCAUUCAUAAAAACGGCUUUUCUGUACAAACAUACAGACAUCAUAUUUUAGACCUUCUUAAAGCUUUUUGCUUUGUUGUUGUUUCAAUAAAGCUUUUGCUUCUGAACCUAGUUUAAGGCAUCACCACCACCUCCCUUUAUCUUUUUCCCCUCUUUUUUUUUUUUCUCUUCCAGGUUCCCAAUAACAUUGCAUAAAAUUCUAAAAACAAUUCCGUUUCUUUUUCUCUUUCAUUCACCAUUUAUCGAGGGACAGUUCAGUUGAGUUCAGUUCACAAGAACGAACAAAAAAAUUCGAAAAAAAUCUUUGGCUCUUGAAUAUAUAUAUUAUUCGUACCACUGGAAGUCCCAGUAAGAGUGAGUCCCUCUUCCCCUUCUUGUUUUUGUGAUCGGAUCUGAAAAGAGGACGACUCCCAAACCAGAAAAAGAGAGAAAAAGAAAUAAAAAGCUGUUCCCAAUACAAAGUUUAUUCACUUUCUCAAGACUACUUCUUUGGAUUGGAAUAAAAAUGAGAGAUUGUUGUCCCCUGCCCAUCUUCUUCCUCUGCUCCAUUCUCUGCUAAUCAGGUGCUAUCAAGUUUCCUUCUUUCUAUCCUUUCUUCAUCUAUUCUUUUCGUUCUAUAUCCGUUCUGAUGUUCUGGAAAAUAGAAGUAGAGAUCUUUUAGUAUUAGUAUUUUUUUUUGGAAAACAAUGUACUGAGGGAAGUCCAAGAUUCUGAAUUUGUGUUUCUUGCUUUUACUGUGUUUUCCUCUUGAGCCCAUUUGGGUUUCUUUCUUUCUUUCUUACUGUGGAUCACUUUCUUUGUUAUUUUCUUUUCCGCGUGUAAAGAAAGAUAAUUUGGUUUCUGGGUUUUGAAGGAUAUUUUGAGAAGUGCAUGUUUCAAUCCUGAACUUUGGCGGAUGGGUUCUUUUUUAUUGCAUCAUUUUAAUUGUUAUGAUUGAUGCAUUUUUAGUUUGAUUAUGUCUGGAAUCUAUUAUAUUGUUUGGGUUUGUUUUUCUAUGAACUUUGGAAUGAUCUAGUGUUAAUGAGCUGAUACUGAUGGAGGGAUGGCGAUGAUAUAUAAAAAAUGUACUUCCGUAGUUCACUUGACUUGACAAUUAUUUUCUUUUUCCGGAUUGGCGUUCUGCUGAUUAUUACUAUCCUUUUCACCAGGCUUUCUGUGUCUUGAUGUUGAACAACUGAGUAAUUUCUAGGAUCAUUGAUCUCCUAAGUGAUUUGCCAGUAGGCACACUUCAUAUCAUGUAAAGUUGGGAGUGGCAUGUUUUGGUGAUAAGAGUUAUUUUAUUUACUUCAAUUCUGAUUUGAACAGGAUAGCUCUCAACCCCAAAGUUUUGCCAUGGAAUCACUUGUCGAUGAAGUUAGACCAUUGCCAGGGCCAAGCAGUUCUGUUGCCAAAAUGGGCUAUAAUAAUCUGUCUUCUGCGUCUGCCAUUAGUCAUACGAUGACUCAUCUAUCUCAAGCUGAGGAAUUUGGGUAUGGAGGAUCAUCAUCAGCUUCUGCCUCUUACACGAGAGCAGCAGAUAGUGGGGUGAAGGCUAGUCGUAGUACAUCUUCAGGCUCUGUGAUCAGCUCGAAGAACUCAGAGAAGACAAAUCUUGUUCAUCUGCAAAAGGAUAGUUUUCCUGAUUCGAUGGGGCAACCGACAAAGAAGCCUGACCAAAGUAAGGAAGGGUUGUUAGGUGAGGAUGGUCCGGAUCAAAGAGCCGAAGGUAGUUCUACUACUCAAAGUUCAAAAUCGGUUGUCCAACCUAGCUUAAAGCAUUCUGUGAGCAAUGAUUCCGGAGAUUCUUUUCCAAGUGACCUGUUGGCAUCUGUGGAGUCCAAAGAAAGCGUUGACAUUGUGAGCAGUAAAUUGGCAUCUCAACCGGGAGGUCGCUUCUGUCCUAGUCCUCAGAAUAGCUUUUACUCUGCUACACAAUACACUGAAGCCAAGCAGAGCUUCACUAACACAGAAAUUAGUGAAUAUGCAAGCAGUAGUAUCCGGAAAUCUGGUGAAAGUGGGGAAGUUAGUAACUCUUUUGAUUUUGUGGAGAGCAGAAAAACAAGCAUUUAUAGAGGCAGCACUGGUAGUGAUGUCAGCGAUGAAAGCAGCUCGAGUAGUUUCAGCAGCGCGAAUUACAAACCUCACAAGGCAAAUGACACAAGGUGGGAAGCAAUCCAAGCUGUCAGAUCCCGUUAUGGAUCACUAGACAUAAAGCAUUUUAGGCUUCUAAAGCAGAUGGGUAGUGGGGAUAUUGGUAUUGUUUAUCUAGCAGAAUUGGCAGGAACAAGAACUUACUUUGCCAUGAAAGUGAUGGACAAAGGAAAGCUAGCUAGUAGGAAGAAACUGGUGAGAGCUCAAACGGAAAGAGAGAUACUGCAGUCACUAGAUCAUCCAUUUCUGCCGACUUUGUACACCCAUUUUGAGACAGAAAAAUUCUCUUGCUUGGUUAUGGAGUUUUGCCCAGGAGGAGAUUUACAUGCACUUCGGCAAAGGCAGCCUGGGAAGUUUUUUCCUGAGCAUGCUGCCAGGUUUUACGUGGCCGAAGUUCUCCUUUCUUUGGAGUAUUUGCACAUGCUUGGUAUCAUAUAUAGAGAUCUUAAACCAGAAAAUGUUUUGGUCAGAGAAGAUGGGCAUAUAAUGCUUUCCGAUUUCGACCUCUCUCUUAGAUGUGCUGUGAGCCCAACAUUAGUGAAAUCUUCAAAUUCAAGUUUAGAAUCCAAGAACUCUGGAGGAUACUGUGUACAACCUGCUUGUAUUGAGCCAUCUUGCGUCAUCCAGCCAGCUUGCAUUCAACCUACGUGUUUCGCCCCACGUUUCCUUUCUAAAUCCAAGAAAGAAAAGAAGCUAAUGAAAUCGAGGACUGAUGUACACCACCAAGUGAGUCCUCUUCCUGAGCUCAUAGCUGAACCAACAAGUGCCCGGUCAAUGUCAUUUGUGGGUACACAUGAGUACCUUGCUCCUGAAAUUAUCAAAGGUGAAGGGCAUGGCAGUGCAGUGGAUUGGUGGACAUUUGGGAUUUUUCUCUACGAACUCUUGUUUGGGAGAACACCAUUUAAAGGAAAUGGGAAUCGUGCCACUCUGUUCAACGUUGUGGGUCAGCCCCUGAGAUUUCCCGAGUCGCCUACAGUCAGCUUUGCCGCGAGGGACCUGAUCAGGGGACUACUUGUAAAGGAACCUCAGCAUCGGCUUGCAUACAGGCGUGGCGCUACUGAAAUAAAGCAGCACCCAUUUUUCCAAAGCAUCAACUGGGCACUCAUACGUUGUGCCAGUCCACCAGAUGUGCCUAAACCAAUGUCAUUGCAGGAUAUGGCUAGAGUACCAAAACAACCGGAGUUGCCUGGUGUCGAUGUGAAGCCAUCUGGUAACUAUCUGGAAAUCGAUUUCUUCUGAUUAUUUACAAUUCUGUCAGAAUGUCAAUGUAUACCUCUGGAAGUAGACAAGUUUGAUGUUGUCCAUAUAUGCUAGGGGCAAAUGUAAAAGAAAGGAAAAAGUUGGUAAAAAAAUCGUACGAACCAUCUACUUUCAUUUGCUUCUUUUCUCAUUUAUAUACAUUGUAAUGCAAAUAGGCCAGAUUGAUCCAUCGCCAUUCAGAUGGUUGAAAUGUUUAUACUUUUGUGGUUAGUUUUCCCAUAUAUAUAUAUAUUUUUUUCACUCAAAAUCUGCAUAUAGCAGGUGAAAAAUAAACAAAACUUAUUCUUGGACGAAAUAUUGAAUUUGUG